UAUCUGUGUAUGUACGUUUAAGUGUACCAUAUUGAACUCUUCCUCUCUUUUUUGAACAGAGAAUUCUUUCUUUCUUUCUUUUUUCCGGUGACCGGAGGAAUAUUUUCCGGCGACAUGGACGAGUCUUGGCGUAUGAGAAUGGGCUUUGACCCUUUCUUCUCCGCCGCCAGAAAAUCCAUUGACCAGACCUUCUCCUCCGCCGCCAUGGAUGCCGACGACUUCGCCGACGUUUUCGGUGGUCCGCCGCGUAGCGUUCUCACCCGGAAAUUCUCCGGCGACUUCUCACGUUCCAGCUCCUUCUACGACGAGAUUUUCCUGCCGUCGGAGUUAUAUUCCCGGAAGGCUCCCGCCUCCAAAUCUCACGGCCGGAGCCUCCCGGCUUUCCGGAUUCCGGCCGGGGGAGAUGGGUUUUACGGCGACGUUUUCGGGUUUUCCGGCGGAGCCCAGAGGACGACGAGGGAGAGAUCGCAGACGAAGUGGGUGUCGAAUUCGUCUUCGGUGAUCACUUCCGAGGACGUCAGCCCUCUCCGUCCGCCGGCGACGGCGGUCUCCGGCGAUGAUGUGGCACUGUCUUCCUUCACUUCUAGGCUCAGACCGUUGAACGUUCCGUCGAGAAGCAGCGGAACAGGACAGAAUCCGGAGGCGAAGAAACAUGGGAUUCCGGCGUACGGACAAGCCGGAGAUUCCUUUUCCGUCCAUAAAAAUACACCGGGAAACGGAGAUUUCUACUACGGGAGUUCCCGUAGAGCCUCGCCGGAGACGAUAAGCCUGGACCCGAACUCCUUCAGGAGCGUCAAACUCUCCAUGGACGAUUACGGACCGAGCUCUCCUGCGUCAUCUCCUGUCUCCUCUGUCUGCGAUGAGAUCAAACCGAAACAGAGGACACGUGGCUUCACCAUGGAAGAAGAAGAAGAAGAAGAAGAGGAAGACGACGACGAAGCGAUGAGCUCUUCUUACGUGAUCGAGAUAAACUCCGACCAUUACCGCGAAGGAGGAGGUUCGGAUUCGAUCGACAUAGACGAGGCCAUCGCCUGGGCGAAAGAGAGAUUUCUCCGUCCCGACACAAAACCUCAGAUCAUCGAAACUGAGUGUCAAUCUCACGAAGGAAGUUCCGGGACUUCGACUCUGAAAUCGACCACAACUGAAGAAGAGGAAAGCAACUCGAGAAUCGGCGAAGAGGAAGAGAAGUCAGACGAACAAAUGGAGAUGGAGAAGGACAGAGAGAUAACACAUUGGUUAAAUGGGAAGGAAACUGACAUCAAACUCCUCCUCUCAACUCUACACCAUGUUCUUUGGCCCGAGAGCGGAUGGUACCCAAUCCCUCUGAUGAAUCUGCAAGAAGGAUCACAAGUUAAGAAAGCAUAUCAGAAAGCUCGGCUAUGUCUGCAUCCAGACAAGUUGCAGCAGAGAGGGGCAUCGCCACCACAGAAGUACAUCGCCAAACGGGUUUUCGCCAUUCUUCAGGAUGCAUGGGCUGCAUAUGUAUCGAGAGAAGGGUUCUCGAGCUAGACUGCUCGGUUCAAGGCCCUCCUGGUUUUGGUAAUAUACAGACCGACCCUUCUGGUUUGUCAUCGGUUUAGUGACUGUCCGGGUUUGAGUAAACAAUGUAAGAAGAAUAAAAAAAUAUCAAAAUGAAAAGUUUGGCUUUUUCUUUCCUGCAAAAUAGUCAGAUGAACAUUCCCUGUGUUCUUCUUUCUUCCAUAACUCAUGUUCUAUUUCUACAUGAAACAAACUGCUUCUUGAACAAAUUAUUCAACGAAAUGGAUCACACUUAAAUGAAUUGAAUGAAA